AUGGCCGACGAAGCAGCUCGCGCUCACGCCGCUGAAGUGGCGCGCGCUAAGAAGAAGGAAGAGAUCCACCUCCUCCUCCUCCUAACCCUGCUGGAGAUAAACCCUAUCCAUCCACCACUUCCUGCAAGGAAUGACUAUGAGAUCAAGCCUCAGAUCAUAGCAUUGGUUAGACAGAACCAAUUCAAUGGCCUUCCAGCUGAGCACCCUCUUGAUCACAUAGAAAACUUUGAAGAAAUUUGCAGCACUACAAGAUCCAAUGGAGUCUCUGCUGACUACCUUAAGUGCAAGCUCUUUUCAUUCUCUCUUGGCGACAAAGCUUCAAGAUGGUUGAAGUCUCUGCCAGCUCACUCCAUUACCACUUGGGAUGAGUACAAGGCUGCUUUCAUCAACCACUUCUACACCAAGCAAAGAUCAAUUUCUGAGUACAUUAGGGACUGCCCUAAUCAUGGUUUCAAUGAGGGAAACCUAUGGAACAUCUUCUAUCGUGGCAUAGACCACAAGUACAAGCUUUCAUUGGACACAGCAAGCAAUGGAAACUUCAUGACCAAGACUGUUGAUGAAGCUAAGGUUCUUAUUGAGAAUCUUGCAGCUAGUGAUUGUAACAACUGUCCUGAUUAUGACCGCUCAAGCCGCACCACUACUAGCUCCCCUGAUUCUUUUCAAAUGACUGAACUCAAGAACAUGAUGGCUCAAGUUCUUAAGGGACAGCUCAAGCAUAUCAAUGCAAUAGAAGGGAUGAGUGAUGCUAAUGAAGAUUCAUCAAGAGAAUGCAUGGGAGAUUUCUCUAAUGAAGCCAAUGAAGAAGAUGUGAACUACAUUGGAAACUAUGGGAACAAGGGAUACAAUCCAAGCUAUCGCCCAAACCCCAACAUGUCUUAUAGAAACCCCAAUGUGGAGAAUCCUCAAGACCAAGUGUAUCCUCCAAGGUAUCCACAACAACAAAGACCUCCUUACCAAUCUCAAGGAAGUCAAUUUCAGCCAAGGCAAGGAUAUGAGCAGAGAUCAUCAUAUCCGCCCAAGGAGCCAUAUGCUUCUUCACCAAAUCAAGCUCCUCCAAACCAACAAGGUGGGAGAUUUGAAGGAAUCCUCCAACAGAUCAUGGAUGGCCAGAAGAGAAACACUAAAGAGAUGUAUGAGAAGAUGGACACUUUGUUCAGCAAUCUCAACACCAAGUAUGAUGCUGUUGCCACUCAUGUGAAGAAACUAGAGACUCAAGUCACUCAAACUAUGGAAGCUGUUAAGAGACAGGAAGCUGAAUCCAAGAAGUCCUUUUGCAACUCAGCCGCCAUAGAAGAAAGAUUUGAAGACCAAGUUCCAGAAUGGAUGCUUUCAAAACCUACUGUUGAUUGCAUGAUUUGGCCUGAAGAGAAUUACCCAGAGAGAGAGUCCAAUCGAGCUAGAAAGAGAAGACUCUUCCCAAAGAUUAUCCCCAAGACAGAUAACUCAGGAAAGUUUGUUGUGCCUUGUAUCAUCAAAGGUAACAUUCUUGAGCAAUCUUUGUGUGACACAGGAGCCAAUGUGAACAUCAUGUCUAAGAGGAUAGCUGACAAGAUAGGCCUCACCAAGAUAGAGCCAUCAUCCAUCUCCAUCAACUAUGCUGAUUCAUUCUCACAAACCCCCUAUGGCUUUGUGCCUAAUGUGAUGGUGCAGAUUGGAAAUUGCUCUAUCCCUACUGAUUUCCAGAUUGUGGAAAUGAGAGAGAGUAGCCAUAGACCUCUCAUAUUUGGAACCCCUUUCCUGUCUACUGUGGGUGCCAUAUUUGAUUUCCCCAAUCAAAGAAUCUCUUUCAACAAGGUGAACAAGGGUAUGUUCUUCCCUAUGUGUUCAACAAAGAACUCUUUUGUUGACAUGGUCCAAGAGGAGAAAGUUACUUUGAAGCCACCCCAAGAAGGAGAAACUGAAGAAACAAUCAAGGAAGAUCCCAUUCCUAAGCCCAAGCAGCUUGCCAAACAAGCAAGGAGUAAGACUAAGGCCCCUACACCAAAACCGCCCAAGGGAUCAACCAAGAUUGAAGAUGAGGCCAAGCCAAGAAGAAGGUUAGAAAGCCUAGGCAGUAGUGCCAAGGGACAUUCAUGGAGAGAUUGUCUAUCCAGCUGUGAAUCACCCACCAGAUACUCAUUGCAAGGAGAAAAGACUUGGAGGAUCAAAGAUGCCUCUUGUCUCCAUCUUCUCCUGAGCGCCAAGCCUUACAGUCAAGCUAAAGACUUAAAACAAGCGCUGCAUGGGAGGCAACCCAUGAGAAGGAGAAAAAGGUGUGAAAACACAAUCCGCGCCAAAACAUUGGCCGCGGACGCGCAAAAAAGUUUUGGCCGAGCAAUUUCCAACCGGGCCGACCGUCCGGUCGAGCCGGGAAGGAACGCUUAUGCUCGGCCGGAUUACUAUCGUGCGACAAAACCGUUCGCGCGGCACGCACGAACCGGGAAGGUAAUGCCGCGAUCGGCCGGAUUCGCGUAUCGGAACGGACCGACCGUGCCGGUCGAUCCGGGAAACAAAUCGAUCGGCCUCGGCCGAAAUCUCUCGGCCAUAACGAAUUUGGCCGACCAAAUCGCACGGCCGACAAAAUCCAUCGGCCAUCGGCCCAAACUUUUCUCGGCCAAGACAAAAGGAAAUGAGAGUAUGAAGAAGAAGAAGAACCCAUUCAUGGAACCACCAAAGAAGCAAAUCAAGCUAGGGAGUAGUAGCUCCAAUGCAAGAGCAGCAAUACCAACUUCACCACAUUCCAUUGAUGCAAUCAAGAACAUGUGGAGAGUCCAAGAAGAGGAGAAGAUGAUUGGGCACUUGUAA